GGACACAACCCACGAGAGAUGCCGUGCUGGAAAGGCUGUUGGUGCUCCUCGAUGAUCCGAUCCAGGUGCAAGUUCCUGGUCGUCACGUGCGUCGUCGUGCUGGCCUUGACCUUUGGCCUGCGCUUCAAGACUGUCGUCACGCUGAGCCGUGAGUCCAGAGAGCUGCACGGUUUUCGGCCGGCAGACAGGCCGGAUGUAAGAGGACCGGCAGAUGGGCCGGAUAUAAGAGGACCGGCAGAUGGGCCGCAUGUAAGAGGACCGGCAGAUGGACCGGAAGUUAGAGGACCGGCAGACAGGCCGGAUGUAAGAGGGCCGGCAGACAGGCCGGAUGUAGGAGGACGGGAAGUAAACAACAACAUGGCACCUCAACUGAUUAGAUCCAACAACACAGUCCAAACAUCGGUCAGGGUCAACCCUACGGGUCAGCGUGGGUCAGCUGGAGAUGACGGUAACUUCCAGCCAAUCGGCAGCCAUCAGUGCUGGGUGUAUUCUGCCUUCUACGACACUCUGAACGGCAUCAGGUUCCUGCGGGUCAUGGCUAUAGAGAACAACGAAACAAAUACGCCCGUCUUCUGCCAGAUUUGGGAGAACGGCUCCAGUCGGCUGAUCGGCGGGAAGAAGAUAUUGUUGCCAGAUCACCAUUUUAAGAGGUACCGAAGUGUGAAUUACGAAUGCACACUAGACAACAAUCAACAUCCGGACCACGUCUCCAUCGUAUUUGAUUCGUCAGAAGUUCCCACCAAUCAGCUUGUGGUGAACUACCCCGCCCCCCAACUCCAUGUUUUCACCACGUGUUAUUCCGUCUUGUUCAACUUCAAAAAUCCUUCACAAAUCAUCCAAAACAUUGAAUUUCACAGAUUUUUAGGCAUUCAACAUUUUCACCUGUAUAAUUAUAGCGUCAGUAAUGAGACGGAUAAAGUGUUACGUCAUUAUAUACGUGAAGGUAUCCUAACGGUUCACCAGUGGUCGCUGCCGAGCCUGGAGAUCUGGUACUUCGCUCAAGUCCUCGCCAUCAACGACUGCGUCUACCGCAACCGCAACGUAUCCAAAUACGUCAUCAUUCACGACAUGGACGAGUUCAUCGUUCCCAUACGUCACAACACGCUGUCUGACGUCAUAGCCAUCGCGGAAGAAAAUUACAAAAAAGAAAGCGUCACCAUUACAAAAACCACGGGGAACAUCGUUCAACCCUUGGGGUCUUUGACUUUUGAGACUUCCAACUUCUACGGAGUGUUGUCGUCGGAGGUGUGGGAUAUGGUGAAGAAGAACUUCUCCGUUUCGGCGAAAGACGAUUACCUGAUCCGACGAUACCAGAUUUUGCCUUUUCUUCACGUUCGAAGAGUCAAUGAGACUUACAAGUACCUGGGUCGCUCCAAAACGAUGGUCAGACCGGAACUGAUCCUGUACGCCGGGAUACACUACACGCGCGAACACCGUCACGACGCUACUCACACGCAGAUUGGGGCCGAGCUGGUACUAAUACACCACUUCCGGUAUAACGGGAACACCCCUGUCCUUGACACGUCAGCCAUGAGGUUUAAAGAUCUGGUGUUUCCCAGAAUUUUAGAUAAACUCUCGGCGUUGAUUGGUUGAUAUUUUACUCAAACUGAAAGCUCCUUGUUUAUUUCGCUAUCUUACAAUGGUUAUGCCCCUUUCACAAACAACACAUAGAUAUCUAUAUUUAUUAAGAACAUGCAUAUAUUAAUGUUUAUAAACGUUGAUAA